AUGCUCAAACUCGGUCUUCUUACGUCCUUUUUAUUGGCAACCCUUGCGGUAAAUGUUGCUGCUAAUGAGUUUGGGAAUGUUUUGCUGGGGAGACAGGCUCCGGAUCCGCGAGCAGAGGAUCUGGAGCGUGAGCGUAUGGGAGAGCUGGUGAAGAAUUAUACUGCGAAGACGUGGACGCCGGGAGGGUCGUGUACGGAGGAGGAUAUUACGGUGAGGAAGGAAUGGAGCGACCUCACGCGCGAUGAGAGGCGGGCAUAUAUCAGCGCAGUGCACUGCUUGCACGAGAAGCCCUCGAAAACGGACCCGGCCAUUUCUUCUGGCGCUAGGAAUCGUUUCGACGAUUUCGCGGUGGCGCAUAUCCUGAACAUGUAUGAUGUGCAUUUUUCACCAAACCUGCUCUUCUGGCAUCGUCAUUUCCUGUGGGAGUUCGAGCAAGCUCUCAAAAACGAAUGCGGUUACGAAGGAGGUCAACCCUUCUGGGACUGGUCCAAAAACGCCCUCGACCCCCUCACCGACUUGCCCCUCUUCGACGGCUCCGAAACCUCCCUCUCCGGCAACGGCAUCCCCCGCAACGUUACCGCCCCCGACGGCACGACGGUCGAGUGCGCCUGCGUAGAGUCCGGCCCUCUGUCCAACUGGACUGUCAAUGUAGGCCCAACAGGCCGCGGUUCGCCUUGCCUGCAGAACCCCUCCACAUCAGGCCUUGACUACAAUCCCCGCUGCCUUGAGCGUUUCUUCGAUCCGAGCUAUAUGGAGAAUAUCACGUACACACACGUCACGGAUACGUUGUUGAAUUACGAGGAGGUCCCGUCCCCGGAUGGACAGCAGCCGAGUUUCUUCUGGAGGAUUGAGUCCUGGCCGCACGGGAUUCAUCCCAUCCCACAUACCGUUAUUGGGGGUUUACAGAAUGAUAUCCCAGCAAGUCCGACGGAUCCGUGGUUCUUCUUCCAUCAUUCGGCGCUUGAUCGCGCGUGGAUUGUGUGGCAGAGCAUCGAGUGGGACGUGAGGAAGAAGGCGUUGCCGGAUGUGAGCGAGUAUGCUGGGGAGAGGGGGCAUAGGGAGUGGGAGCCGGCGCAGGCGUUGACGUUGGAAGGGGUGAUUUAUUUGAGUGAUGUGUUUUCGAAUAGUACGGUGGACGAGGUGCUGGUGCCGACGAAGGGGAGAUAUUGUUAUAGGUAUGAGUAG